AUGAUCCUCCAAGUGCUCUUCGCUGUCGCCUCGGCAGCUCUCACCGGAUAUUUAUUAUGGGCCUUCAAGCGCAGUUACUACUGGAAGGAGCGGAAUCUCCAAAGUCCACCAGGCAUCUUCCCCUUCGGCCACAUCUUCCAGGUUGUCGACAAGGAAAAGCCUUGGUAUCUGGAGCUGGCGAAAUAUACAAAGAAAUUCGGCAAAUUCUGGGGGUACCAAGAGGGUGUUCAUAACGUUUUGGUCGUUGCUGAUCUCGAGACUGCAAAUGAAAUAUUGCACAAACGAUUUGAGGAAUUUCCGCAGAGGAAGGGCGAUCACCUAAUCCAGCGCGAUCCAAAGGACGAUCGAGUUCAUUUGGCAGAUGCUUGGGGCCAGCGGUGGAAGCGGCUGCGCUCGAUCGUUAUGCCGCAAUUUUCGAACAACUCUCUGAAACGGAUCUCCCCGAUCGUCAACGAUUCCGCUCGACACCUCGUUGCACACAUCGGAAAACACGUUGAUAAGGACCCUAUCAACAUUCACUUGUACUACCAAGAAUACACCAUGGACGUGAUCGCCAGAAUCGCCAUGGGGGUGAAGGGCAGCCAGCAGUGGAACAGUCAAUAUCCCGAGAUAUUGAGAGGGUUGUUCGACCGCAACAUGAAAGAGCCGUUCUACCUGAUGCUGACCGUGGCACCGUUCUUGAAACCGAUCCUGCAACCCAUUUUCUUGCGCCUCGCCACAAUCCUGAAGCUCCCGAUCGGCAGACUGUACGCGCAGAUUGAAAUUGCCGUCGCCGAGCGGAAAAAGGCUAGGGCUGCCGGCAACAUCACCAACGACGAUUUUAUCGAUAUGUUUUUGAGCGCUGAAGCCACAAUUGAUCACUCGCAGGAGGGGUCUUUUGAUCGCCGCGAUCCUACCGUAGCUAAGAAGUUGACGACGGAAGAGGUAAUCGCCCAGUGCUUCGUCUUCCUCCUGGCUGGCUUCGACACUACGGCCAACACCCUGGCUUACGUCUCGCAUUUCUUGGCGUUAAAUAAGGAUAUUCAAGAUCGAUUACGCGAGGAAAUCGAUCACGUUUGUACCACCGAGGAAGUAUCCAACGAACAACUGGCCGAGCUAAAGUUUAUGGAUUGCGUGACAAAAGAAGGGCUACGCCUCCAUCCUCUGGCCACUGUCGCUGUCGCCAGAGUGGCGGAGGAGGACUGUGAAAUCGCGGGGAUUUCGAUUGACAAGGGGACGAUGGUCCAGAUUGACGCCUACACUCUGCAGCGAAGCAAAGAAAUCUGGGGCGCCGACGCGGAGGAGUUCGUGCCGGAUCGGUGGAUGAACCCAACCAAGGGAGCAACAGAUGGCCUACCUCCCGUUUGGAGGCGGACCUCGCGUUUGUGUAGGCAGCCGACUGGCCUACACCGAGGAGAAGAUGGCCCUAGUGCAAUUGCUAAGGAAAUACGAGUUGCAUCCGGUACCGAAUCCAAAGUUUCCGUCGAUGUUCUGAUCCGGAAACGAGCC